AUGGAAGAAAGUGAUGAGCCUGAUCUGCCUAUCUCAGCAGGGAGACAAGAAAUUCGAAAGAGAAGACGACCCAGCCAACCAAUGGUAGACAAAUCACAGCAGACUGAAGUGACAGAGAAAAAGAAACACUUGCCUAUAUCACAAUCAUCUGGGCCUAAAGCUACCCUUAGUAUUGGUAAUAUUCCUGGAACCAAAGUCAACUAUGAGUCUCUCCGAGUUUCUUCUCAACUUCAGCAAACUUGGACAAAGAGAAAGCGUGUUCAGGAUAUGACUGAUAAAUCUCUGCAAACAGAUGCAACUGUAGAAGAGAAAAAAGAAGAAAUCAAGUCAGUUGGUGAAACAGUGGUACCUGAAGAAAAGCCAGCUGCUGUUGAAGAGGAAGUCCCUGAAUUUCCAGAGAGUGUUCAGGAAGUAGAAAUGCCACCAAGCAGACAUUCAGUUCAAUUCAAAAUAGACAGGUCUCAGCAGACCAGUUGUACUGGAGACUGGACACUGAUGAACAUUCCUCAAAAAGAGAAAGUGGACAAGGAACAGCAGACAUACUUUAGUGAAACAGAAAUAGUGGUUAUUGGCAGGCCAGGUAGCUCUUUUUCAAAGUCAAAUGAAGUUGUGCAGGAACGUAAAUCCUCAGGGAAGAUUUUUCUUAGUGAACAUCCAGAAUUGCAACCCUCAACAAGUAAAGAUGAAGCAAUUGGGAAGAUUAAUAUCAACAGAUUUCUAUUUAGUCAACAAAGCAUACAAGGUUUUUUGGAACUUUCAGAAGAUGAGCAGUAUAUUCUUGGUGAAAUACAGCCUCCCUUUGCAGAAGAGAUCUCUGCUGAAGUGCAACCUCCACCAGCUGGGAAAAUUACAGAAGACUCCCCUCCUGAACUUAAUUCUCCACCAACUGAAGAACCUCCAGCAGAAAAGGGUCCUGCUAAAGUAGAGCCCAUCCUGGGUGAAGAGGCUCUUUCAGAAGGGCCUCCUGCUGAAGUUCAGUAUCCAAAAAUUGAAGAAGUUCCUAUUGAAGUACAACUUUCCCCAGCUGAGGAGACUCCUACAGAAGAGGCCUCUGCUAAAGUAGAGUCUAUCCCUGCUGAAGAGGCUUUUUCAAAAGAGGCUUAUGUUGAAGUUCAGCCUCAAUCAGCUGAAGAGCCUUCUACACAAGAGGCUUCAGAACUUCAGUUUUCAUCAGCUGUUGAGGCCCCUGCAGAAGAGGCCCUAGCUGAAGUUUUAUCUAUACCAGCUGAAGAGGGCCCUGCAGAAGAGGCUCCAGCUGAAGUUCAGCCUCCACCAGCCAAGGAGGUCCCCUCUGAAGAGGCUCUAGCUCAAGUUCAGCCUCCACCAGCUGAGAUGCCUCCUGAAGUUCAGUCUCUACCAGCUGGAGAGACCCCUGCAGAAGAGGCUCCAGCUGAAGUUUGGUCUACAUCAGCUGAGGAGAGCUCUGCAGUAGAGGCUCCUGCUGAAGUUCAGCCUCCACCAGCCAAAGAAACCCUCUCUCAAGAGGCCCCAGCUGAAGUUCAGCCUCCACCAAGUGAGGAGGUCCCUGCAGAAGAGGCCCCAGCUGAAGUUCAGCCUCCACCAACUGAGGAGGUCCCUGCAGAAGAGGCCCCAGCUGAAGUUUGGUCUCUACCAGCUGAGGAGAGCCCUGCAGAAGAGGCCCAAGCUGAAGUUUGGUCUCCACCAGCGGAGGAGGGCCCUGAAGAAGAGGCCCCAGAUGGAAUUUGGUAUCCACCAGCUGAGGAGGCUCCUGAAGAAGAGGCCCCCGCUGAAGUUUGGUCUCCACCAGCUGAGGAGGGUCCUGAAGAAGAGGCCCCAGAUGGAAUUUGGUAUCCACCAGCUGAGGAGGCUCCUGAAGAUGAGGCCCCCACUGAAGUUUGGUCUCCACCAGCUGAGGAGGGCCCUGAAGAAGAGGCCCCAGAUGAAAUUUGGUAUCCACCAGCUGAGAAGGCUCCUGAAGAAGAGGCCCCAGCUGAAUUUUGGUCUCCAUCAGCUGAGGAGGGCCCUGAAGAAGAGGCCCCAGAUGGAAUUUGGUACCCACCAGCUGAGGAGCGCCCUGCAGAAGAGGUUCCAGCUGAAAUACAGUUUCUACCAGCUGAGGAGGGCCCUGCAGAAGAGGUUCCAGCUGAAAUUUGGUCUCCACCAGCUGAGGAGGCCCCUAAAGAAGAUAUCCCAGCUGAACUUUGGUCUGCACCAGCUGGGACAUCCCUUACUGAACUUCAGCAUCCAUCAGUUGAAGAAACUACUUUAGAUAUGGUCCCUGUUGACAAACAGUUCCCAGCAGCUAAAGAGGACUUUAUUACACAAAUCUCUGUAGAAGAUGUCCCUGCUGAAGUUCAGCCUCCACCAUCUGAACACGUUGCUGUAAAUGAGGUUUUGGUAGACCAUAUGUCUACCGGCUAUCAAUAUACCCAGACAACAGAUGUCCCAGUGGUAAAAUUAGAAUCACUGGUUUUGGAAGAUCAGCAAAAACCUGAAGACCCUUUGGAACUGGAUCCUGCCACUGAAGAUUUGUCUAAUAUCAAUAAAGAACAGGUCCCCACCUACAAAAUUGAGGGAGUCCUUCAUGUAGAAAUAAAAUAG